AUGCAAUGCAAAAUGCGAGGAAAAAAGCACAAAUCCACGACCAUGUCUAUGGAAGGAAGAGAGUACGUUCGCGACAAGAUGCCAAUUAUUGGAUUUGGCACCUACCAGAUUCGACGUGAAUCCGUUCUGAGGGAUGUCGUGGACGCGGCUCUGUCUUGCGGCUACCGCUUCUUCGACACAGCUCAAGUAUACGGUAAUGAGGCGAAACUCGGUCGCAUCUUCGAUGAAUUGCUACCGGAAUACGAUCUGGAAAGA